AGCCGCUGGACAUAUGCAGCGCCGAGAGCCCUAUAGAGCUGGCAUUCGAGCACGACCGAGUGACGCGCAUGGGUCCAAAGGUCGCUCAUGGCGGACCCCACUGCAGCUCCGGCCGUGCAUGCUCCGUGUGGCACGUCACCCUCGCCUCGACCAAGGACCUGCACGUCACGGUGACGCCCUACAGCCAAGCAGUCGACCCCGACAUCAAGAUCUACGUCAAGGACGCCACCGCGGGUGGGGCCUCGGCCUGUAGGUUGGUGGCGUACGCGCAGGACUUCGGGGGCGACAUGCUGGCUGUCAACAGCUCCGAGAUCGGGGCCGCGAGCGACUUUUACCUGAGCGUCGAAUGCCGCCAGGAGCAGGACUGCAGCUACCACGUUGCCCUCGCGCCUGCGCCCGUCGGCUCCGAGGACACCGAGGAGCUCCGGCUCGGCGAGCGCAGGUCCGGCGUCGCCAUACCAGGGGUCCCGCUGCACUACAACUUGACUUGCGACAAGGCCUGCGCUGAUGCGGCAGCCGACGGCUCCAAGGGCCUCCUCAGCAUCAGCGCGUGGCCGCGGGACGCGACGUCGAAGCACCACCUCAGGCUCUUGGUCGCGAAGGACAAGCGACCCACGACCAGGUCGGAGAGCAAGGGGCACAUGCCCACGACCAAGAGCUGGUUUAGCGGCGAGGCGGUCAGCAUCAAGCCAGAAGAGGGCACCUACUACAUCACGGUGGUCAAGAGGCAGGGCUCCAACCCGCUGCCCUUCGUGCUCGCCGCCCGCCUUCCGAACACGGUGCAGCCGAUGACUCUGGGCAAGCCGACGUUUGGUUCCGUCGCGAGGGCCCAGGUAUCCUACUUCAGCUUCCAAGUCACGAGGGCGAACACCGACAUCGGGGUGUACCUCACUACCUUCGAUGGGGACCCCGACUUUGCGAUUUCCCACGUGGAUGUCGACCCGCUCCCUUCCAACAGGAAGAGUCAGUGGAAGUCGCGCAAGGUGGGCGACGACGAGCUGAUCAUCCCGCCAGACGACCCCCAGAGGAAGGACCACCAGACGGGCGAGUUCCGCAUAGGCGUGAGCGCCUACAGGGACAGCGCGUUCUCCCUGAUCGUCCUCGCCGAGCAACACAGCGACCUGACCGAGGGAGAGACCAGCACGAUCGACUGGAUGGAGCUGUGGCUCGGCAUGCCGCAGCUUGCCACCGCCCUCCCGGGCAGGCCUGCCAGGUUCCUGUACUACCACAAGAUACACACCCCGAGCUUGACUGUCGGCGUCGAGCUGCAAAGCGGGGACGCCCCCGACACCUGCAUCAUGAGCUGCGGGACCGACCUCCACUGCCCUUUCAUGUCCCCGCUGGACACGCCGUCGGCGAUCGCCAACAUGCCCCAGUGGGCCAUGUCGACGUGCGCGGAGGGCAGGAUGAACGGCUCCCAGGGUCAGGUCAGUUUGACGUUGCGAGAGCCGUGCAACCACUGCUGGUACGCCAUUCUCUCCACGCACGCGGCGAACACCUCGGACAGCAACCGGAGCAAGUUUCGCAUGUUGCUGGGGGCGGAGGGGCGGGCACAGCCUCUCCUGGUCGGGGAGCCCUUCCGGGGGCACGUGGACACCGACGGAGAAGCCGUCCUGCUGCUGCACGAGGUGCUGGACGAGGUGGCCGCCGAGCAGGCGGAGGCGGGCGGCACCCUCAAGGCGGUGCUGACGCCGGUGUACGGGGACCCCAUGUUCACGGUCCGCAGUGGCACCGAGGACGGCCCGCUGCUUUUCCAGUCGAAUGUCAGUGGCAACGAGUGGCGGCUGCCCUUCGGUGCGGACUCCUCCGCGAAGGCGGCCAGGGGGGCUAAUCUGGCGGGCGUGUACUACUUCCUGGUGAGGGCCACAUCGAAGCACGCACAGUUCCGGAUGCAGGUGUCAUGGGACGCGCCUCGCGGGACCAACACCUCCGGUGGGACCACGGCCCGCGGGCAGUAUUUUCCGGCGCCUCCGGCCCCAGACACCCUCGGCUUGCCGACGCUUCUGGACGGCCAGGCCGAGCCAGGUGUACUGCUGAGCGGCCACCCGGACUUCUACGUGUUCAGGCCCCUCGCCGGCAAGGGCGGCGUCAGCCGGCCGAACAUCACCGUCUCCGUCGUGUCGAAGGGCGGGCCCGCUUGCAGCGUGCACGCGGCAGCGCUGCCUGGGGGCGAGGAGGGUGCCCGGCUGGCUCCCGAGCGCUUGCGGGAGAUCUUCCACGACCCCACCAAGGCCACUUGGAGCUCCGUGCAGGGGAGGCCCUCCCUCAGCAUCCUCAGCUCGCACCCUGCCUACGUGCCGCCCGGCGGCGGCGCCUCCUACAUCAUUUCGCCGAUCAUCGCCGUGGCGCUCGACGAGGUCCCCAGGGAGCCCGUGUACUCCACCUGGCAGUGCUCCUCGAUCGCGAAUCUCACGCCGGUGCGCUGUGCUGCUGGCUCGCCCGGCUUCGCGGAGUGCGUGUCAAACGACGGCCAGGCGUGUUAUCAGGCGCAGGGCCAGCGGGAGUGCAAGGAGAAGGCGGCCGACGCACUGUUCACGGAGGGUGCGAGCGGGAGCCGGAUCAAGCCCAUCGUCAUCAGUUGCGAGGGGUUCGCGCCGUGCAAGAGGCUGGACGGGUGCAGGGCGCGCGAGGCCGGGACUGCGUCCCCAAGGGGGCCGGGGUUGGCGCCGUACCAGGUCACCGCGCGGGCGUCGGGGGCGUUGGCCGAGCUGACGAUCACCGGCGAGCCCGUGCUCGGGGAGGUGGGCUACGGCAAGUACAGGAGAUAUCGCAUGGUGCUCACCGAGCCGCUCGUGCAGGGCCGCGUCGUCGCCGUGUCGAUCAAUAUCCUUUCUGGCGAUGCAGACCUGUACGUCGGGCCCACCGUGGAGGUGACGCGGGAGGACAGCCCGUACAAGUCGGACGUUGUGGGCAGCGACGCUAUAUUCAUCAGCGGGGCCGACGCCAUCCACAAGCAGCAUUGCGAGAAGGUGCUGCAACACGGCGGCGAGUGCUAUUAUUAUGUCGCAGUGUUGGGGACGAUGGCACAGGAUGCCGAGUUCGAGAUCUCUGCCUACAUUCCUGGCGGGGUGCCGAGGCAGCUGUUCCCCUCGAGCGGGCUGGUGAUGGCGAUUCCACCCUCUGGCGGCUGGCAGUACGCCUUCCAGAACUUGAGCCAGUGGAUGGAUAGGGCCAGCGGAGAUGGCAUCAUGAUUCAGGCAAUGCCCAAUGUCGGCGUCGUCUCCGCGAUGGCGGCGAGGGUGGCCCCGCUGGACCAGGUCGCGCACCCUGUGGCGGCGGGCUGGCCACAGCCGUUUGUGAGCAUGGGAGCGAUGGGCGGCACGAGCGUCGCGAAUGUGUGGCGGAUCCGCUUAGAGGCGAAGGACAUCCAUGACAAGUGCAGGGUCAGGGCCGCGCAGAAAGAAUGUGGCCUCUUGGUGGGCGUCAAUGCCACAUCGAUGGUCAUCGGCAGGAUCGCGGUGCAGGCAUUGACAUCGAAGGCGGAGUCCGCAGCGGCAGCGGCGGUGCCUCUCUCGACGGGCGAACCCGGGCACGGGUCAAUUCGCGGGAACGAGGCCGCUUGCUUCAGUGUCGAUGUCAGGGACACGUUCGACGCGCUGUCAAUAUCGGUGACGACGCAGUCAAACUGUGACCCGUUCCUGUGGGUGGACUUCCCGGCGGACGCGAGCGGCGUACGGCCAGAGAGGCUCGCCGUGCCAGCAGACCCGGCGCUGCACUUCGUGCACACCAGGAUCAACCGCUCGGACCCGAGGUACAAUGCUGGAGUGUACUACCUGUGGAUCAAGCAGACAGGGGGCGGCGUGUGCGAGUUCGAUAUCCGCGCUGAACCCAAGCUCCACGCGGAGACAGAGCUUCCAGCCAGUGGCCUACCCGAGGCUGGCCCAGUGACUUUCAGCCUUCUUCGGCUUGACGCUCCAGAUUUUACCACGGGCGAAGGCCAGGACCAGUACUUCCUCCACAACGUCCGGGACUCUGGCCGGGAAAAUUUGGAGGUCCGUGUGACCGCCAUAACCGGUGACCUGGAGGUGCACUACGCCGUUCUCUUGGAUCAGGAGGGGAGCGCGUUGCAAUCCAGCAAGGAUGCCAGGCUGAUGGCGGCACUGGACAACCUCCAGUCGCUGCCAGUUGUCACACGGAGAGGCGCGGAGAUGUUCUCCAAGUGGGGCUUGGAUACGUGGUGCAACAAGGCGUCGAAGUGCCAGGUCAUCCUCAGGGUGCGCGGCACCAGGAGGGGACGCCCGGCGGACUUCCUGGCCGCCGUGCUGGACCACACCGCCAGCCUCAGGCACUCCGUGGCCAUGACCCUCGGCGUGCCCCUCGAGGACACCCUCGACAACGCCACGAGGGCCUGGCAGUACCAGCUCAUGCUGGACAACCCCUCCGACGAGGUCGAGAUCCGCCUCUCGUGCAAGGGGGCAGGCAGAGCCAGCGCCUGCCAGUGGCGCUCUGGGCGGGUGCUGCUGACCGCCGACGCCCGGCCGCUGAUGCCAGCGAGUGCCCAGGAUCGCUCGUAUUCCUCGUCGCACGACGCCAGGGCGCAGGGCCACGAGCAGAAGGACGGCGUGCUGUGCAUCUGGCUGAGGGCCGAGGGGGGCGCGAGCCCCGGCGCGUGCAGAUACCCGUGCGUCCUGAACGUGCGGGUGGAGUUCAACAGGGACGAGGGGGCAUGGGCCGAGCCCCUGGAGUUCGAGCUCAUGGCCGUGGCCGAGGGCUCCUACGCGAUGCUGGUGGACGGUGACGACCCGGUCUCGGGGCUGCUGUCGCCCAGCGUCCCAGAGCGGUUCCUCUUCGACUCGCGGCGGGCGAGCCCUCACGUGACCGUGUUGGCCACCUUCCCUUUCGAGCCCGUGGACCCGCAGCUGGAACUCGUCCGGGGGAUGUACGCCCUGGGGUGCGCCUCCUCCGUCAACUCGAACCACGUCGGUGCGCUGCGCGAUGCCCUGGUUACGGAGUCCCACUGGAGCAUGAAGGCGCAGCGCAACGCUGACGGGCAACUGGUGCUGCGGAUGAACGUGCAGGAGUCGAAUCUUCACGCUCGGGUGCAGCAGGAGCGCAGAGAGCACAACAACACCCACUGCUACUUCAGGAUAGGGCUGUUCUCGGACCGGCUCAGGCCCACCAGCUUCACGAUCCGUGCCUUCGACGCCCAGCGGGGCAUCCAGCUGCCCAUGGGCGAUCCCUUGCCGGGCAUCGUGGACGGGAGGCACCGGUUCGGAUUUGAGCUGGAGGUGCCCCCCAGAGGCCCAGCCAACGGGGUGCUCAGCUGGGAGGUGUGCAGCGGCAGCCUGCAGCUGCGCACGGCGGACAGAAGGCCGCCAGACGUGCCCUGGGUCUGCAAGGGCGGGGGCCCGCGGAGGUGCAGCCCAUGGCUGGUUCACUGGGGUCAGUGCUUGUCGAACGACAAGAGGACGUGCCUGACUGGCGACGAACGGCGCUGUCAGGAACAGAUCGAGUCCAGAGCCUACUUCGGUGACGCUCUGGAGUUUGAUUGCGGGUCGGACGCCGCCUCCAGCCCGCAGGGGGCCAGCUGCCAGGCGCUCGGCUCCUGCUCGGAGGAGAGCCAGCUGGCGGGCGCCGCGUCUGGCACCCGCCGCGGCACGGACUCCUCGGAGGGGCUGGUCAAGCAGGUGCCCCUGGACGUGAGCCGCUGGCUCGAGGUCACGUCCAGAGAUGGCGCCGAGGGGUCCUACAUGCUGUCGGUGGAGGACCCGCAAGCGCACGUUCAUCUGCAGGUCGAGGGCCCGCGGUCGCUGACCCUGGUUGACGAGGGUGACGGCGUGGUCAGCAUCUCCUGGAACCGCGUCGUGAAGCACGAGGGGCCCCCUUCUGGGGGGACCGCCAGCGAGCUCGGGUCCGACGCGAGCUACGAGGUGGUGUGGAUGCCCACUGACCGCGAUGGGGAGGAGGCCGGCCUGCUGAGGGACCUGGCCGGCAACCCCGUCACCGCCUGCGGCCUCUACCACGACGUCAACAGGGGCGUUGCCAGCAUCAUGAAUGUGAAGAGGGAGCUGACCGCCAGGAUUGAAGGAGUGGAGCCUGGCAGGCAGUACCUCUUCAACGUCAUCGCCAGGAGUCUCAAGGCAUCAUCAUUCGCCAAGGGUGCUGGCUACCCACAGACCUGGUCCAAGACUCUGAGCGGUAACUUCCACCUGCGCUCCGCGCUGAUGGCGCUGGAGGCGCUGGUCGUCCCAGCUAAGCUCAUGGGGCUCGCCUCCGCCGAGCGCGCGGUCUGCUCACCUCGCGCCGACCUAGCGGGCGACGGCGCGCGCGCGGGGGAUGCAGGGGGCGACGACCUCCGUGCCGACCCAUCGACGAUCGGUGCCAACGCCAAGACCGCCGGGCUGCACUCCGCCAUCGGCGACAAUUGCGUCGGCAAGCCUGUGAAGUUGCGGAACGCGUCCUGGCACCUCUGCGACUGCCUGGUUCACAUCUUGGACAUCUCGCCCAGCGUCCUCAAGGACGUCCUGGACAGAGAUUCAAUCUGCACGUGCCCCCCCAUCCCGAAGAAGAGGCCGGCUAGGCGGGGCGCGCCUCGCAACGGCGCCGACCCUGCGCGCCAUCGCAUCGACGCAGUCGUUGACUGGCUCGCAAGUCUCAACCCGUCGGUGCUCUCCGACGACGCGGCGACGCGGGUUGAGUCGGUCGCCGCGGGGGCGGGCCCUGCGCCGGCGGCGAGCGGCUCGGACGGACCUCCAGGAUAA